AUGGUGGCCAAGAUUGUUGUUAUACUCUUUGCAUUGAUUGUGAUCACUGCGGCUUACAAGGAAUUCAUUUUGAAGGAAAAUAAGACGCCAAAAGAUAUUUUGCUUUUACAAGCAACUUCAUUUAACGGCACUUGUAAUGAGUGUAAAAUGCUUAUUAGUCGUUUUGCGGAGGCUAUCAAAGACCCAAGAAAAGUAACCGAAUUGAAAGAUUUGCUACGAAUACUUUGCCACGAGACACCAUAUGAAGAUGAAUGUCGUCUGCUAGUUAAUCAGUUGGAUCAUUUUAUCGAAAAGUUGGAACCAUAUUUGGAAAAUCCAGAGAAAGUUUGUCAGCACUUCCGCCUUUGUUCGAAUCGGAAAAUUGAGCAUUUCCAUCGAAUAAAUAUGAUUUACGGAAGAAAAAGUGCGGAUGAAGAUUCAGCGCGUGAAUUGAUAUGUGAAGAGUGUCAGUUUGCGGCAGAGGAACUGAAACAUGCAAUAGAAGACGAAAAAACUCAGCAACGAUUGAAACGAUUCAUUUCGGAGGAGAUUUGUAGUCAGUUAGGCAGUUUGCGAGGGAAAUGUGAUCUGUUGCUUGAAGAAUUUAUGCCAGAACUUAUAGAAGAACUCGACAAACUUUUACAAAAUACAAAAGCAUUCUGUGCUAACAUUGGUCUUUGCAAACGUUUGGUUGAGCCAUCAGCUGCACCAGAAAGUGACGUUAUAAAUUCUGAAAAGAGAAAUAAUAGUAACACGAUGCAGAUGGAAAAUGACUUUGUGAAACCUAUGAAUGAACUCACCACUGGAAGCAUUCUGAAAGCAGAAAACCUGCAAACGUGCGAAGCAUGCCGGGAUGCAUUAAGUAAAAUAAAAGCACGAUUAGUUGAUUCAGUUUUCCAAAAAGUUUUGGAGAAUAUUUUACACGACAAGUUUUGUCAAAAACUGCUCUAUGAAAAAAAUCUGUGCGAAAACCUGACUAUGACUUACAUGCCGAAAUUUCUGGCCUGGACUGUUAUCUACUUGAAUCAGCAUGAUAUCUGCAAGGUAUUAUUUGAAAAUUCUUUGAUAUAA